AUGAUUGGGUUACCCGCUAAACUCCCCGGCCACUGGGAAUCUCAGACCCGCCAAACUCCCGCCCACGCCAGAAGAUCUCAGACCCGCCAUACUCCAGCCCGCCAGAAUCUCAGACCCGCCAUACUCCAGCCCACGCCAGAAUCUCAGACCCGCCAAACUCCAGCCCGCCAGAAGAUCUCAGACCCGCAAACUCCCGCCCAAAUCUCCAGACCCGCCAAACUCCCGCCCACGCCAGAGAAUCUCAGACCCGCCAUGCUCCAGCCCACGCCGAAGAUCUCAGACCCGCCAUACUCCAGCCCACGCCAGGGAAUCUCAGACCCGCCAUACUCCCGCCCACGCCAGGGAAUCUCAGACCCGCCAAACUCCCGCCCACGCCAGGGAAUCUUUGAUCUAUCCCCGGGAAGUUAA